AAGCCGCAGGCAGAUGUGCGCGUACGUGCGGCUCUCCGGUGCCGCGGCCUUCGCUGCGCUCGCGCUCCUGCUGCUGUACGCGGUGCACAGGUGGAGGAACCCCCGCUGCAGCGGCCGCCUCCCGCCGGGCUCCAUGGGCCUGCCGCUCGUCGGCGAGACGCUGCACUUCUUCUCCCCCGACGACGACGAUUCCUUCGACGUCCCUCGCUUCGUCCGGCACAGGCUGGCGAGGUACGGCCCGAUCUUCAAGACGAGCCUGGUGGGCCACCCGGUGGUGGUGUCGGCGGACGAGGAGCUGAACCACAUGGUGUUCCAGCAGGAGGGGCAGCUGUUCCAGAGCUGGUACCCGGACUCCUUCGUGGAGAUCCUGGGCAGGGACAACGUCGGGGAGCAGCAGGGCGCCAUGUUCAAGUACCUCAAGAACAUGGUGCUCCGCUACUUCGGCCCGGAGAGCCUCAGGGAGUCCACCAUGCUCCGCGACGUCGAGGGCGCCGUCACCAGCUCGCUCUGCACCUGGUCCACCCUGCCGGCCGUCGAACUCAAGGAAGCCGUUUCCACAAUGGUGUUUGAUCUUUCAGCGAACAAGCUGCUCGGCCUGGAGCCGUCGAGGUCCAAGGUUCUGAGGAAGAGCUUCUUCGACUUCGUUCGAGGGCUCAUCUCCUUCCCGCUGUAUUUGCCAGGAACGGCAUACUACUCAUGCAUGAAGGGGCGGCAGAGUGCAAUGGAGGUGCUGCAGGAAGUGCUGGAGGAGAGGAGGCGAUCGGUGCAGUAUCCUGGAGGAGCAGGAGGCGACGACAGGGCACGGCGGCGCCACGGCGACUUCUUGGACUACGUCGUCCAGGAGAUCACGAGGGAGGAGCCGCUCGUGACGGACAAGAUGGCGCUGGACCUCAUGUUCGUGCUCCUCUUCGCCAGCUUCCACACGACGUCGCUGGCGCUCACCCUGGCCGUCAAGCUGCUCGCCGACCACCCGCACGUCCUGGAGGAGCUCACGGUGGAGCAUGAAACGAUUCUGAAUGACCGUAAGCCGGGCCGUGAAUCUGAUGGAAUCACAUGGAUGGAGUACAAGUCUAUGACAUUCACAUCCCAGGUCAUCAACGAGACUGUCCGAUUAGCCAACAUUGCACCUGGCAUCUUCAGAAAAGCACUGAAAGAUAUACAGUUCAAAGGGUACACAAUUCCAGCAGGAUGGGGAGUGAUGGUCUGCCCUCCAGCAGUGCACCUGAACCCAGACAUUUACCCAGAUCCCCUCACUUUUAACCCUUCAAGGUUCAAGGAUAAACCGGAGAUAAACCGUGGGUCAAGACACUUCAUGGCAUUCGGAGGUGGCCUCCGGUUCUGCGUUGGAGCAGACUUCAGCAAGCUGCAAAUGUCCAUUUUCCUCCAUUUCCUCGUCACCAGAUACAGGUGGAAAAAUCUUGGGGGAGGCAAGAUAGUACGGACUCCGGGACUAGAAUUUCCUGGUGGCUACCACAUUCAAAUAAGACAGCGCAAUUAGCCGAGGUCUAGAUUGCAGUCUGCUAGUCGUAGAAAUAUUAUUUACAGGCUUACAGCAGAUGCUCUAUUUUUCUUGACAAUGUUCAAAGCCCCUAUAACUUCGAACGUAACUUACAUCUGUGUGUGCACUCGACCUUCGUGUAUUCAGUAAUUCAGUCCUAUGCAGUAUGUUGAGAAAAGAGCUGUUGUUUUUCCCCAAGGAACAAGAACUGCUGUACAAUGUUUGACCUUCAC